AUGACUGUUAUAAAAACGGAACCAACAACAGAAGUAGCAUUAUAUUCUCCACCACCAAAAGAAUCUUUGAGUAAAGAUGACGCCCAAAAAAGGAAACAAAAUAAUAAACAACCUUCAAAUAUAAAUAGCCGCUCAGGUUCAAAUAAGCAUAAAGUUACCACCAAAGCACCGGAAAAGAAAAUCAAUAACACAGAUAAACAAGACCUCUCUGCAUUUUUGUUAAAUCCUUCCCUUAUUGUUAAACCUUCUGAGAGUAAAAAGAAAGAAAAUACUGUGGCCUAUGAUGCACCGAACGUAAAAACAGAAUAUACAGGAUUUCAGCCGCUAACACCAAUUUCAAAAAAAAGGGCUCUGAAAGAGAAAUCAACAUCAGACAAAUACGGUAAUUUUGAUCUUUCCAAAGAUGAGAAUUCUCAUACUCAGAAGAAGCCAAAGAAACUUUCUUCGGUCACAGACAUUAAUACCUCUGAAUAUAAACUUCCCUUAAAUCGCGAAAAUACAUCAUCUCCAGCUAAAGAAAAGUCACAAGAACCGACAGAAAAUCCUGGAGCUUACCAAAAAACAAAAAAUUAUCUUUUUGACAAACCUGAUCUUUUAGACACGUGCCUUCAAGACUACUCAAGUAUGCUACCGCCAAAUAUAGCUGAAGAAGAUCAAGAAUAUUUUGUCGGCGUAGCCGAUUCGACAUUAGAGGAGUGGACAAAUAAGGGCCAGGAAAUCCUUGAUCAACAGUUCCAGCUUUACCAAGAGAUAAUCAAGAAACGAAUAGAGCUAAGCUACAAAUUUAAAGGAAUUAUUUCUGUAAUCAAUGAUAGGGCAGACGCUCUAGAAGAACAAGGUCAACAAUUAGAAGGAAAAAUCAAAAAAGUUAAAAGUUUGGCUAACGAGAUUCUCAAUAUUAUAUAA